AUGGCUACCCCCCAGAUCAUCCUCACCAGCUCCGAUGGAGUCGAUGUCGCUGUUGAGCGCACCGUCGCUGAGCGCUCCGUCCUCAUCAAGAAUAUGCUUGAGGAUCUCGGCGAUUCUGGCGAAGCGAUCCCCAUUCCCAAUGUCAACGAGGCCGUCCUCCGCAAAGUGAUCGAGUGGUGCGAACAUCACAAGAAUGACCCCCCCUCUACCGGUGAAGACGAGGACAAUCGUCGCAAGACGACCGAUAUCGAAGAGUGGGACCAGAAGUUUAUGCAGGUUGAUCAGGAGAUGUUGUUUGAGAUUAUUCUGGCUGCCAACUAUCUCGACAUCAAGGCCCUCCUCGACGUCGGCUGCAAGACCGUCGCCAACAUGAUCAAGGGCAAGUCACCGGAGGAGAUUCGCAAGACCUUCAAUAUCCAGAACGACUUUACCCCCGAGGAAGAGGAUCAGAUCCGUCGCGAGAAUGAGUGGGCCGAAGAGUAA